AAAAGAAAGCCCAAUCCAGCAUCCGAUAACUUCGUCGUCCUGCUGGUUUGUUGUUGUUAUAUGUUCCGACUACGGCACUUAUUCAAGAUGACCGAGGAAGCCGCCGCAAAGAAGCUCAAGACCGCCUCUCCCCUGAUCGGGACUCACAACGGCCAUUUCCAUGCCGAUGAAGCUCUCGCCGUCUACCUCCUCCGUCUUCUGCCUGCCUACCGUUCCUCUCCGCUAGUGAGGACGAGAGAUCCUGCUGUUCUGGCAACAUGCCACACGGUGGUCGACGUUGGCGGGGAAUAUGAGCCUGCCAACAACCGCUACGACCAUCACCAGCGGACCUUCACGACGACUUUCCCCCAGCACUCCACUAAGCUCUCCUCUGCCGGACUGGUUUACAUGCACUUUGGCCGUGCCAUUAUUGCCCAGCACACCUCUUUGCCGCUGGACCAUCCCGACGUCGACCUAUUGUACGAGAAGCUUUACUCGGACUUUAUCGAGGCACUCGAUGCCAACGACAACGGGAUUCCCGUGUAUGACCCUGCCCAGAUCUCUGCAGCGGGAGUUCAGAAGCGUUUCAAGGAUGGAGGAAUCAACUUGGGUUCUCUGAUCGGGGACAUGAACCAACCUGACCCGACUGCCUCCCCAGGCGAGCCGCAGGACGAGGAUAGCCUCUUCGCCAGAGCCAGCACCUUCAUUGGAGAUGUAUUCCUCCGCAAGCUGCGCAACGCUGCUGCGUCGUGGCUUCCUGCGCGCGCUAGCGUCGGAUCCGCAUAUCAGACUCGCAAGGAUGUCCACCCGUCCGGUCGUAUCAUCGUCUUGCCGCAGGGCGGCGUUCCCUGGAAGGAGCACCUCUACAACUUCGAGAGGGAGGCUUCCGGAGGUGCUGAACCGGCCGCGGAAAACCAGGUGUACUACGUUCUCUACCCUGAGAGUGCUGCCGAGGGAGCCAAGUGGCGCGUGCAGUGUGUCCCUGUUGACGAGGGCAGUUUCCAGUCGCGGAAGCCCCUGCCAGAGUCCUGGAGAGGCGUUCGUGACAACGAGCUGGACAGCGUUCUGGCCUCAGAGGCAGAGAAGGCAGGACGUCCGAAGAUCCCUGAAGGUGCCGUCUUCGUCCACGCCAGCGGCUUCAUCGGUGGGCACAAGACGAAGGAGGGUGCCCUGGCUAUGGCCACUCGCAGCCUGGAGGAGUCGGUUUGAAACAGAGACGUUUUCUUUUCCUUACCUGACGCCAGGGGAAAUAACGGACAGCUCUAACAUGGAUCAGAGCUGCAUGAAAGAAGAAAAAAAAGUCAAUUUCUCGGAGUUUAAAUUUACGGACCGGACGUUAUUGGAAUGACUAAAUAGAGGAAUAACACCUAUUACUAGUGUUGAAUUCAAGUCUCGAGCAGAAUUAUA